AUGAAGGCUUCCGUUGCUGCUGUUGGCGUCUUCGCCGCCGUUGCCAGUGCCCACUCUCCCCGUCACUUCCACUGGAACCGCCGUGCUCUCAACGAAACAGCCUCCGAGACCACUCUGACCGUCAGCGUCACCCAGGUCUCGACCAUCAUCAGCUGUGCUCCCACUGUUACCAACUGCCCCGCCAAGCAGACUGAUAUCGCCAACCUUCCCGAGUCCGCCAAGACCACUGCUGUUGUCACCCAGACUGUUCCCCUGUACACCACAGUCUGCCCUGUCUCUGAUGCCUCCAGCAUUGCCUCGUCUCUGAUCAACGAGCACAUCUCCAGCAAUGCCCCGGUCCUCCCCAGCAGCACUUUCCCCUGGUCCAACUCUUCCGCUCCCGCCCCCACUGGCGCUCCCAUCACCUCUGGUUCUCCCAACCAGCCCAGCUUGACCACUUCGCUCAUCCCCAUUGUCACCGAUGUUCCUACUACCAUCAUCGAGAGCGGCCUCACCAGGACCACCACUGUCCAGUCCACCUUCUACUCCACCGUCACUGUCCCUUGCUCCAGCGCCUCCGGCAUCACCUCUGCUCCUGGCACCGCGGACGUCACUCGAUGGGCGGGUGGUCCCCCAUCGGCUGCUUGA